CCUCUCCCCCCGCCAUGCAGUACAGCCCGGCGCCCGCCGUGCUGGUCACCACCAGGCAAAUUCAGAAUACGCACACGGGGCUGGAUUUGUCAGUGCCAAAAUACCAGGAAAUCCGUGGGAAGAUGAUGUCCGGCCAUGUAGAGUAUCACAUUGUCGUUGUUACCCGACUGGCUGCCUUCAAAUCAGCAAAGCACAAGCCUGAAGACGUAGUUCAGUUUAUGGUUUCCAAGAAGUACAGCGAGAUAGAGGAACUCUAUCAGAGACUGGCGGCACGAUAUCCACAGGCUUCUCUUCCACUCUUGCCUCGAAAAGUUCUCUUCGUGGGGGAAUCUGACAUCUGUGAACGAAGAGCUAUGUUCAAUGAUAUAAUGAAAUUCAUCGCAAAAGAUGAGGAUCUAGCAACAAGUCCUGAGUUACUGGAAUUUUUAGGAACAAAAUCUACUAGUGCUAUUGACUUCAAAGGUAAAAACAUACCUGAUGACAAGGAGAAAGAAGAUGAAGAAAAUGAGGCAUUGGAUUUUUUCAAAGAGGAGAAGACACCUGACUUAAUCUCACAGUUUUCAUCAGUGGAAAAUGCCAAAAAAGGGCAGAAAAAAGAAGAGGAAGAGGAGGAAGAAGAGGAAGAAGAUUUAGACCCUCUUGGUAUAAUCAGAACUAAAAAACCAAAGAAGGCACCUGCUCCUCCAACCAAGGAAGAGAAGCCCAAAUUAACCAUUUUUGAAGAGGAAGUAGAUCCAGAUGAAGGACUCUUUGGCCCAGAAGAAGAUUUCUUAUCGAUUGGUCCCAGGAAGAAGAUGAAAGAGAAUCUGAAAUUGUUUGAAGACCCAGACCUUGGUGGGGUGGUAAGACUGGGUGACUCACUGCUGCUGCCAGCUGCCUGUAAGAACAGGGAGUAUGUGCUGAACACUGAUCCUGAGGAGGACACUGAGAAACUGCUGAGAGUUGAAGAUGAUUUAGAGAAACUCUUGAAAGUAACCUCCAAACCAAAACCUAAGGUACCAUCAAAACCACCAUUGCCUCAGAAGCCAUCAGUUGCCCCCAGGAGCACUAAUUGGUCUCCACUGGCAAAGCCAAAGGAAAACAGGAUUCAGACAAUGAAUGAAGUGGACAUUCUCCAGUAUAUCCAGGAAAAUGAAUCUAUCAACAACCAAGAUACAAGUCUUUUUUGAACAUACAUAUUUUUAAAAUGUAAUGAUGCCUUCUUGGCCUUAACUCCCAGUGAGCUCAAGUGACAAUAGCAAGAACUGACCAGAUCUCUUUACUGUCACAGUGCUCAUUUGUGUACCAUCAUAUAGAGAGCAGCAAGUUUGACUAGCAGAGGCUUGACAUGAUGUUUUCAGAAUAGUGCAGUUGUGGUAUAGUGUUGCCUUAGAUUUUCAGGGGUUUACAGGGAAUGUGGAAAAGGAUGUAGCGCUACAGAUUGUCUACUACUAUUUUAGUAUUAACAUAGUAUGGUUUCGGCCAGUUUUGUCCUAACUGAAAAAGGUAAGCGUGUUGCACACAUGGCAACUGUGAAUAGUGUCAAACAAAUGGUCUGAGGCAGGACAGGAUACUGUUCCUGUCAUUUUAGACAGUGUAUUUCAGCUCACUGGAAAGGUCAUUUUCCUUUAAUCCUGUGGAUUUUUGUAGCAGCCCUUUCCUCCCUGAACUGGUAUUUCAGUAAUUUAUAACCAGGAACUGUUAAGUAUAGGUAACAGUUCCUCUCUAGUUCAGAGAAACUGAAAUCCUGUCAAGCUAAGCCUGACAAUCUACUGCCUUUGUUGUUGCGAAAAUGCCAACUCAUAAGAGAACUUGUAGGACUGCAAACACUAGACGCUACGCAUCUCUGGCCCUUGGGGAGAAUAGCAAAUGACUGAAGAUGGCUCAGAGUGCAGCUCCAGACAUAUGUGGAGGUUGCAGUGUGUAGGAGGUUUGGAUGCUGUAGGACUCUUGUGAACCUACUCAAGAUUCCCAAGGGCUAAUUUUUCCAGCCAAGACUUCCUGGGCUUCCAGUGUAGUUAGUAGAGAGAAAGAGAUUUCUCCAGGAGGUGAUUCAGUGCAGGUGUCCUAAUGGAGGAACUCUGAAUUGCUCUCUGGAGUCACUCACUCUCUCCUUCCCUUCACCCAGAACUUACAGAUGAAGCCAUGGUGAUUAAUUCCACUAAGCUAAAGUGAGUUUUUUGAUAAAACAGCGGUCUGUUCAUUACUAUGGCAAUGGUUAAAACAAGGGAGGACAAACUUGGGAUUAUCCAGAGGAAAAAAUAGGAGGAAAAUACAUUGGAGAAAUUUAAAUAUGCAGGAAAAGAAAAAGAUGGUAGUACAGGCAUCACAGACUACCCCUCUUCUUCCCUGGCUCAGGCACUCUGGUUGAACAUGCUGAAUUUACAUCUAAUGUGGGUUGAUACUUGCUGUCAUCUACAAAGAGAUUCCUGAACUCAUUCCACGUUUGUUUUAUCCAGAUGUGAAGACAAGCUCCCCAGAGAGAAAAUAUUACUAUAUUUAAGCCAUUAUCACUAUCCCCAAAUUUGCCUGCCUAGUAUAGAAUAAAAUAAAUAGAAAGCAUUAUAUAUAUUUUUUUAAUAAUGAAAUUAUUAGUAUUUCCUUCUUAAGCCAAUGGAAAAUAUGAUAAAGGUAUUUUAGUUUGAUGGGACAGAUAAAACGUAACCAUUG